AUGGUCGAUUUCGAUGACAAGUGUGCGAAGUGUUGGAAGCGGUACUCCAAGGGCGGCUUCCACAUGUACCUCUCGUGGCCAGAGUAUUGCGAGUAUGCUGGCGAUGAUGCGAACCAGGGGGCGCUGGCAGAGGUCGACAAGAACAUAGAGUCGUCGCCUGAGCUGCUCAACUUCAGGCAGCAUGGCGUCGAGGCCACUCGCACUUCAGGUUGGCGGGUCAGGAAGGGCUUCAUGGCGCUCGGCAAGACUGAGUUCAAGUCGAAAAUGAAUGGCGAGCCGCGCUCUAAGAUGCCCGCGUGUCCUUCAGUCGAGGUCUGCAAGGAGGGCUCCAACGUGGCUGAGACCUUCUACCUGUUCGAGCACCCCCUCAUGCCCUUUCGCACUCUCAGCUACUUCUCCGAGUAUGGCGCUUCGGACACUGUCAAACACUUGGAUCCGUCGAUGCACCUGGCAGCACAGAUGAACACUCAUGCGAUGCACACUGUGCUGGAUGCUGCCAACGGGUCGAGCGGUUUCUCUGGUCUGUUGAAUGGCAAGAUCCCUGAGUUGAACACGUUCAAGAAAGCCUUCGUCACCGAGCGUGCGAAGGCCGCUGCGGAGGCGGCUGAGAAGAAGAGGCUUAAGAAACAAGACAGCAUUGGCGCAACCCAGGGAGAGCAGGAGGACAUCUACAUCGAGGAUGGCGAGGAGAAGUUCGUUGAGGAUCAGCCCGUUGUCACCGUCGGAGCGCGUGGUGGAGAAGGUGGCCAGAGUGGGGUUGCAGCUUCCUCUGCGGCGAGCGCGGCAUGCCCUGCUGCUGCCUCAGCCGACGCGGGCGCCUACGGUCGCAGCCCGAUGCCGCCCCGCGUCCAGAGGGCUGCCAGCCACGCCGAUGACGACGGCAGGAGCGUCUUCUCAGAUCCAGCCACUGAGGCUGGCGGGCCAGAGAGGAAAGGCACCCCGAGGGGGCACGAUGCAGCUUACUACGUGAGGGUGCUGGACUUGCAGCAGAUCACCGACGGCGAGAAGCUCGGCGUCCAGGAGCACCAUGCCAGAGUCCUUCUCAAGAGCAGCAGGAUGACCACGGACGAGCGCGACAAGUUGCACAACCACCUCGAGCUCGUAGAUCAUGCGAAGAAGCUGGCGGACGACAACUUGGAGUUCUUGUUGCCAGAUGCUUUCAGCAAGGCAGUGGAUACCAUCAUCGUCGGCAACGGUGUAGAGCCCUCGGCGGCGUUGGAGACGUCCGCUUUCAAGAUCAGGGUCAAGGAGAUGCUUCAGCAUGCAACCACUGAGGCAGGCUUGCGCGCCCUGUUCGGAUGUCUGCGCCCGUGGGCCAUUCCAGGGGGCGUUGCUUACGACCUCAAGCAGCCGAUUCUCGCGUGCAGCCGCAUUGCUCCGAAGGAGAAGGCGGCACUCUUCACGAACUACGUGGCUGCGAACUUGUUGAACCCUCUCGUGAAGAAGGGCCAGAGCGGGAAGGACUCGCUUGUGCAGGCCGCGGUCAUCUUGAAGGGUUUCUUGAGCGAGUCCAGCGAGCACACCGAGUCGAUCGACGACGUCAUAUUGCACGUGAUUCUAGAGUUGCGUUCUCUGCGUGAUGCGUUGUGCGCUUUGGUGUCGAGCACCCUGACUGACAAGAUUGACUGCAUGAGCGACCUGCGCAUGCUCCACAAGUACAUGUCUACGCACAACGCCUCGCUGUUCGGUAGCGUCGGCCAGAGCAUGAAGCGGACGGAGUGGUACGAGGCCAGGUUGACGGACAUCAUCCAGAAAGAGGAAUCCAUGACGUCGUUGAGCGAUACAAUGGGCUCCUGCAUUUCAGCGAUGGAGGCGGCCAUGCUCGAGGACUGCUUGACCAAGCAGGUUGAGGUUGUCACGUCCGCUUGCGAGAACUUGACGAAGGUACAGACCAUGCUGGACCCAGAAUACUCAGAGCACUUCUCCUCGAAGAUCGAGCCAGUCGUCAACGCUAUCUUGGCGAGCGUCGGGGCCGCUUGCAGGGACCGCACCAUCCCGGACGACUUGACCCAGAAGCUUGCUAGUUCGACGAUGGAGAUGUCGUACGCUUUCCCUGCCAGAGAGGACGUGAUUGCCAUGAGCGGCACCAUUGCAUCCUACGCGAAGGAGUCGCGAAAGGAGGCUGUCGAGAAGUGCUUGGUAGAGUCCGUGGCAGCCUGCUUGAGACUGGGCGAGGACGCGGGGCCAGGUGAUGUGAAGGGUGUGCUUUCGUCGUUGCUCGCCGCGGCGGACAACGCUGCUGGCGCAGACGUUAGUUGCGGGGUGCAGGAUGACGCGACCAAGGCUUUGAAGCUCAUCAUGGCCGCCGCCUCGAAGUACCCGAACGAGUUGGGCCCCACGUGCUUGCACGUGGAGACGGCUCUCGGAAAGGUGUUGGCCUCGAUCGCUGAGACCACCAAGACUGAAGGGUACGUGCUGACGAACUUCCUCAACCUGGUUGACGCGGUCAACGGCUACGCGCCGAACUACGAGCACGAGAAGGAGCGCAUCAACACGGGUGCGUUCAAUCUGGCGGCAUACGACAAGCUUCACUCGACCUUGGUUUUCUUCGAGAAGAUCUGCCCACAGAUGGAUGACAUGACCUCUCUGAUGCAGCGUGCCAGCUCAAUGGUUAGCGCAGGCAAGGAGGCGCUGAUGACCCACGAGAUGGCCGUGGCAGAGUCCGCGAAGGCUGCGCUGGAGUCAGCGCUGGCCCUCGUCCGUGAUGAGAACGGCGUGCCGCUCGGCCAGACGCAGUUCAAGGCCAUGCUCUCCGCCGCGGUGUCAUUGAGAGACGUCUACGCGAAGUUCGGUGGCAUGCUCCCUCAGCACGAGUACGAUAGCAUGAUCGCGUUGGUCAAUGAGGCGAAAGCGUUCACGCUCUCCCUCGCGAUCGUCGGUGUCCUGGGGGCUCCCAACUCCGACAAGGUUGCCCACCACAGGGCGAUCACGAAGCUGCAGAAGUCAGCGGCAGAGACCGCCGUCAAUGUGAUGUUGAACCGUGUGCUGGUCGCUCAGUUAGCCAAG